AUGCCCCCCACUGCCAAGAAGCGCAAGGCCACCAACGACGAUUCCGAGGACACUGCCGUACGUAUCGCCCCACGCAUCCCCAUGAUUCUCGUCUCAACCCUUCAGAACACCAACACCGGCCGCAAACCCACCGUCCGCUGGACCGAAGCCGAGGAACGCUCCCUUCUGGACGCCAUCAACGCGCACAUGGCCGCCACUGGCGGCAUUUGGUCCAUCGUCAAGAACCACCCAGAGAUCGGACAACGUUCGAGCGCUGGUGUCAAGUACCGCUGGGACGCUAUGUGUGGCCGCAUGUUUGAACCCCAGACUACCACCACCCCCGCUACAACCGCCACUGCUUCUGGUUCCGGGUCCAAAGCCUCUACUAAUGGCAAGAGCAAGAAGACCGGGGCCGGGGUGGGGAAGGGGAACAAGACCAAGAUCAAGUUUGUGGACUCGGAGUGA